AUGUCUCUGACUUUUUGGGUUAAGAAGAAGUUUGCUCCACCAAAAACUCACAAGGGCAGUAAUAGGCGGUUACUUCCUCGAACCAGCUCUGCUUCUGCUACAACCUUAGAGGUGCCUCUGAUUCCGGGAGUGGUUAUAGCUGCUGAUUUAGGAUGGGGCAAGUGCCAAAGUGGACUUCCCAGAUGUGGAGUCCAUGGUGGUACAUCUUCUAGAUAA